AUGUCUCGCGAGAAAGCGAAUGCUCGAGAGAGAUGUCGUCAGAAAUCAAUCGGCAACGCAUUCACCAUAUUGCGCAACCAUCUUCCUAAACAAUUACGGGAUCGGAAGCCAUCUAAAGCGGAGACUCUCAAAUCGGCAACGCAAUAUAUCUCUCAUCUUCUUCAAGUUUUGGAAAAAGAUAUAAAAAUGGAGAUGAAUGGGCAACAAAACUCAAUGUCGCCAACUGCUUCAACACCAACACAAAGUGAUGACAACGAGUAUGUCGGAUAUCAGAAAGGUGUUUGGAUGCCUCCCCAAUGUCAAAAUCCAUACAAUAACCCGUCGUAUAACAGCUCAUAA